ACCAGUCGUGCCCCAAAAGCACCUUCACCGUCAGAGAGAGAGAGAGAGAAGCCAACUAAAACCGCCCGGCUCCAUUACCCGCGCUGAGCCACCCAUCCGGGUCGGAUCCUCCAUCCACGACCCGACCGGAUCCACCCCGGUCCGAUCAAGGCACGGAAUUUCUCCGGCGGCGGAGAAAAUAUUCAAUUACCACUGAAACAUCGCCGACGACUCAGAAGAAGGAGGAGGGGGAGGAAGAGGAGCCGAGCUCCAAUGGAAGGAAUUGAGACAAGCGGUGGAGAUGUACAGGCAGCAGCCUAUUUGCAGACGGAUGAGAGCCGUUCAAGAAAUGAACCAGCUUCAGACGGUGAACGUAUAUUACAGAUGGGAGAAGCCCUCGGUGGCCGUGAGCAGGUGGUGGUGGACUGCGAAUUUAACGACAGCCAGCAAAAGACAGAAGAUGCAGCUACGGAAUUUGGCAGUCAGAGCAGUUUGCAUGCGGAAAAUAAAGAAUUUGAUGCCCCGGCAGUCGGGAUGGAGUUCGAAUCUUAUGAUGAUGCUUAUAAUUACUAUAACUGCUACGCUAAGGAAGUUGGGUUUCGUGUGAGAGUGAAGAAUUCAUGGUUCAAACGGAACAGCAAAGAGAAGUACGGUGCCGUGCUGUGUUGCAGCAGUCAGGGCUUUAAGAGGAUUAAAGAUGUGAAUCGUUUAAGGAAGGAAACCCGAACUGGUUGUCCUGCAAUGAUAAGAAUGAGGCUGGUGGAUUCUAAGAGGUGGAGAGUGCUUGAAGUUACCCUGGAACAUAAUCAUUUGCUCGGUUGCAGGAUAUAUAAAUCUGUUAAGAAGAUAGGUACCGGAAUCAAGAGGAAGUCUGUCUCCAGCCCAGAUUCAGAGGUUAAGACAAUAAAGUUGUAUCGGGCGCUCGUGAUGGAUGCAGGGGAUAACGCGAAUCAAAAUUCUAGCCUGAUACAAUUUCAGGGUUUUUCCGGGUCACCCAAUGUUCUGAAUCUUCGAAGAGGGGAUUCCACAGCCAUUUAUAACUACUUUUGCCGUAUGCAAUUGACCAAUCCAAGCUUUUUUUACCUGAUGGAUGUAACUGAUGAAGGGCAGCUUAGGAAUGUAUUCUGGGCCGAUGCUUUCUCCCGAGCUUCUUGCAGUUACUUUGGGGACGUAAUCUACAUUGAUAGUACGUAUUUAUCUGGAAAGUAUGAGAUUCCGCUGGUGACAAUCGUCGGGAUAAAUCAUCAUGGGCAAACUACAUUACUCGGCUGUGGUCUGCUUGCUGGAGAGACAACAGAGUCUUACCAUUGGUUGCUCAAAACAUGGUUCAGUCUAAUGAGGUGUUCUCCUCAAACUAUUGUCACAGAUCGGUGCAAGCCUUUGGAGGCUGCCAUCUCGGUCGUUUUCCCGAGAUCUAAUCAUCGGUUUAUUCUGUCGCACAUAAUGAGGAAAGUUCCCGAGAAAUUGGGGGGUUUGCGUAAUUAUGAUGUGUUGAGGAAGGCAUUCGGGAAAGCAGUGUAUGAAACCCUAAAAGUUGUUGAAUUUGAAGCUGCUUGGGGGUUUAUGGUUCAGCAUUUCGGGGUUAUCGACAAUGAGUGGUUCCGUUCCUUGUACGAAGACAGAGCUAGAUGGUCUCCGGUUUAUCUGAAAGAUGCGUUCUUUGCGGGAUUAGCUACCGCUCGCCCGGGGGAAACGCUAAGCCCGUUUUUCGAGAAGUACAUUCACAAGCAAACCCCGCUGAAAGAGUUUCUCGAUAAAUACGAGCUUGCCAUUCAGAAGAAACGCAGGGAAGAAACUGUUGCUGACAUAGAGUCGAGAAGCUCGAACCCCCAGCUUAGAACGAGGUGUUCUUACGAGAUGCAGCUAUCCAGAAUCUACACGAGAGAAAUGUUCAAGAGAUUCCAAGGGGAGGUGGAGGAAAUGUACUCGUGUUUCAGCACGACACAGUUGCACAUCGACGGGCCCUUCAUAAUAUUCCUCGUGAAAGAGCGGGUCUUGAGCGAAUCCAACAGAAGGGAAAUCCGAGAUUUCGAGGUACUCUACGACAGAUCAGCGGGAGAAGUACGGUGUAUCUGCAACUGCUUCAACUUCUACGGAUACUUAUGCAGACACGCCUUGUGCGUACUGAACUUCAACGGGGUCGAGGAAAUACCCGAGAAAUACGUUCUACCGAGGUGGAGAAAAGACUAUAAACGCGUCAACAUCCCCGUUCCCGAUCACGGCUCCUUCGGGGAGGGCAUGGAUAGGGUUCAGUGUUACGAACAGUUGUACAGAGGCGCUCUGCAAGUAGUUGAAGAAGGAGCCAUUUCCAUGGAACAUUACAAAGCAGCACUGCAAAUGCUUCAGGAGUCUUUGGGCAGAGUUCAUAACGUAGAAGUACAAAAGCAUGGUACAGAAUACUAGCUAGUUUUUACAAGGAAUUAUGAUAUGUCGUCUGACUCUGCGUAUAUAUAGAUUCUUUUUUUUUUUUGAUAAAUUAUUUGCCCUUUUCUUGUUGAAGGGUUAAUGUUAUUGAGGAGAGCAGUAUAAACCAUAAUCCAAGGUUUCUGAAAUUUAGAAAUCGUUCUUUCCAAUUUGAAGUUUGGACCUUUUUGUAAUAUACUAUU